GAAACGGGCGGUUGUGCACAGGAAAUGUGUAUGCUGUGUCAGUGUUGAAAUUUUUGCUGUGUUGUGCUUUUCCAAAUUACAAUGAAAAUAUUGUUCUUUUUGAUGGUAAAAAAUCAGUGAACUUUACAAUUCUGAGCAUAAAUUAAAAAUUGAUGAUCCGGUUCAACAUAAUUAGACGGAGUACAUUCAUUAUUACUGCAGUCAAAAUUGAAUCUGAAUUAAUUUCGUUCUCGUAAACAAUACUUUUGCAUGUAAAUUGAGUGUUGAAACGAGAGAAGUGUACUCCGAUAAAAAGAAAAGAACAUAAAAAAAGAUAAAUAAUUUAUUGUGGAAAGGUGAAUUGUUUGACUCAAUCAUAAUAGAGGAAAAGAGGGGAAAUUUGGAGGAAAUCACAGGCAGGUUUGAAGAUAUUAACCUCAAUCAACUUGCACCCGCCUACAAGGGUAAUGUAGUCAGUAAACGAAUACGUCUCAUCAAAAUGGGCGACCACUAUGGCGAUGAAUCGCAAUCGGCCUCGGACCAAGAGGAGCUGGUUGGAGAGACCGACAUCGACGAUGACUACUCAGACACCGAAGAGAUGCAAUUCACUUUCUGCAAGACAAAUAUUAUCGAUGAAAAUUCAUUGGACUCCAAUGGCACACCGAAUGGCACCCAGAAACACUCCAUCCAAUCUAAACUCAUAUUUUUUGGCAUGGUUGUUGCACUGUUUCUAUCGGCAUUCGCGCUGUUAAUUUGCUUUCCGCUGUAUCUGCAACAAUUAAAUGUUGGAGAAAAGAAGAGUGCUUAUGGGGCAUUACUUUUCGUAUCAACAUUAAUUACACUCUUGCUUAUAUUAUCUGCAUUCGUCGGAUGGUGGAUUUUAAAGUGGAACGUUGCAUUGUACAAAUUGCCGUUGCCUUGGAAAAGAUUAAUUACAAUAUCAUCAUUAUGUGGCGUGGCUGGCACCAUAUGUACAAUAAGCUCCUUUCAACGUGUUCCAUGUCACCUGCAAGAUCCACUGAAAGGAUUUACAUUAGCAUUUGCCAUUUUAUUUUACUUUUUCUUUUGCAAAAAAAUGAUGGGACUUCAGAAAAUAUUCUCAGCUACAACGGCUGUCGUAGGAUUAUUCAUUUCAGUAGACUACGGAUUAUGUGACGAAUUUAGAUGCCGAGGUGUAGACCUAGGCUCAGCUGCUGUACAGCCAACAACCGGCUGGCAGGGACACGCUGUUUGGACCAUUUUGUAUAUAGCUGGCUUAGCGUUAUGGACAUUGCAUUUGUCCCUAUUAGAAGGAGAAAUUGUCCAAUUUAAUGAUAAAUUUAACACCGUGCCUCCGACUAAUCUCUUGACAACUGUGUCCCGCAUUGUUUCAAAUACAGAGACUUCGUCGACUUAUAGACCAGAGCAACCAAAGCCGAAGCCACCCAAAACAAAACCGAAAGCACUGCAUGUAACUAUGUGGAUACAAGUUAUCUCGUUAUUUGUCACGGUAGUUUUAGGAUGGAUUGAUUUGCUACCCGAAUCUGGUCCCAUUACCCCCGUUCCUCAAUUUUGGCACAAGACCGGCCAGACGUUCUUGUGCCAUUUCAAUAUACAAUAUGAAGUACCUGCUACGAUGAAUCAUCAGGCGACGUUAGAUUUUCUAUCCAACUUAACGCCUGGCAGUUCCAUAUACAAUGAAACCGUCCAAAAGCUUCGACGAAGUCGACGUCACACCAGCCACAAAAAAUACUUUCACAAACGAAUCAACAGCCAUACGUUCAACGAUCAAAUCAACGAAACGGUGCAUUUGCAUUCGAACAGUUCCGAGCCGGAUGUUGUUGCAUCGGCAGCUAAUCAAACAAAUAAGCAGCACAACGUGGAAAAGUAUUUGCGAAAGUACAAAAAUCACAUGAAAGCCAAGCACAAGAGUGCAUUCAACGAAAAUCAGACGCCGCUCAAAGUGAGCCAAUUGAUUUUGAACGAUUCCAACAUUGUGAUGGACUGCAAACAUUUGAUGGUCUACUCGUUCCUAUUUGUUGGCGUCUAUGUCGUGUUUGGUGUUUGUUUGGUUCAGUUUUUGUUUAUGACUGAAUCGGCCGUUUUUACAGUCGCUGUUGUGUCUUCAUCGCUGCCGGUCAGUGGGAUUUUUUGGUCGCUAUUCGAACUGACCACAAACGAUUUUGUGGCUUCGAUAAUUUGGUCGCCAGAGAUAACCGGUGAGCUGAUAUGUUCGUUGCUCGGUACACCAAUUGUUAUACUGGGAUUGGUCCUAUUCAGUUCGGCUCAUUUUAGUGACACAGCUGGACCGAAACGAGUUUAUUCAUCAUUAUUGUCGACGGAUUAAGGCAAAAUUGAAUAGAGGAAAAAAAUGGUUUUGCUACUUUUUGUUUGAGGAGGAUGAAAAAAAAAAGUUUUUUUUUUGUUUCGGUUUUAUGAUGAAUACGUACACACUGUACGUCGUACAGUACAUUGUUGUAGAAAAUGGUAAUAUGUGAGUGGGCUUAAUAUGAGCAAAGAAAAAGUGGAAAAAAGUUUUGGUUUUUCUUUCUUUCUUCUUCUCUUCACUGUAACGUAAUAAGCGGCCCAUAAAACCAUUAUUAUGUUUACGAGAUUGAGGCGUACACGUGAAUGUAUUUAAACGAAUUAAUGUAUAAUUUUGUGGAAUGCGAGCACUCUUUUCCAAAUAAUCGUAACGUAUGCUGUGUGCUGGUUUUACAUGAAUUAUGCGAGGAAAAACUGUAUAUCCCUCAUACCAUCAGUGAGGUAGGUACUACAAAAAACUUUUUAUUUUAUUAUGUCUGAGCUUUGGGACUACACAUAGCGUAUAAGCUAUAUCCGACUGUUAUUUUGUGUUCAUUUUCAAGUGACUAAUACUUUCGAUGGCGUUGAAAAAUUGUGUACCAUCUCGGUAUAACCAGGCAUUCACCACCACACUCAUUAUUCGAUACAAUUGGGAAUGUUAUUGUGUGUGCAUUAUGCCGAAAGGAAAAUUCGUUUUAAUUUGAUUUUUAAAAUUUACCACCAUCAAUUCUCGUUGAUUUAUAAUUCGAACACCAAAUACAUAAUAAACGAGAAUAAAAUUGUUUUCGGUCAGUGAACACCUUGCUGCAUGUGAUGUACCAAUUAAUUUCAAUGUCGUAAUAUCGUUCCGAGCUCAUUAUAUUGACGAUACUGCUGUAACUGAUUCUGUAACUCACAAUCAAGCGAUGAAAUUUUUGCAUGGAUGAAAAAGUGAGAUAAUUGAAAUAGUUUUUUAAUUGGAAGUAUUUUUCAGUUUUAUCAAUUUUUACAGUUUUAUGAGUUUGAUGUUUUUUUUCAAUGUCGAGGGUGUUUUGGAGGGUGAAAUGAUAUUAUGACCGUGAACUUUACACUUCAUAUACACACGAGUGCGUUUCGUAAUAUUAAAACCGCUACGUGCGAAAGUUGAUUAUCACAAGGGAAUGAAUUCGCGUAAAUUUAACCGAACCUAUUCUUCAUGUAAUAGUCAACUUUCGCAUGGGGUAAUCAAUAAAGUAUUGAACAUGUAAGUGGCAAACUCAUUUACAGUCCAUGGAUCGGGAUGAAAUGAAAGAUUACGAUUUCGUGUGAUUAUUGCCUCGAAUCAGAACUUAUACACGAAAGUUUCGUGAUGGAACCAAAGUUUUUCAUUUUUUUAUUCUUCCCUCAAUUUUUGCAGAUUUUUUUUCCGAAAAG